AUGUCUCCAAACAUUAUACCGUCUUUGGAACCGAAAUUUAUUUUUGGACUUACAACUGGACUGAAAGGAAAUUGUGUGUUUUUAAACGAUGAUGAAAUAUUGUACCCUGUAUCUGGUGUUCUCGUUAUUCAUAACAUUACUUCUCAUACUCAGAGAUACAUACAUUUGAUUGAUUCUCAGAAAACCAUUACAGCCAUGACACUUAGUUUCAGCAAAAAUGUUUUAGCCGUUGCAAAAAAAAAUGAAAAACUAACGAUUAGCUUGUAUGAUUUGAAAGCAAUGAAUUGUUUACGAACACUUUCAGUACCAACUGACUUAAAAGCUAAUAGUUUCAUUUGUUUACAAUUUUCCUACGAUGAUUCGUACUUGGCAGCACUUACAGGUGGACCUGAUUACAUGAUGUACUAUUACAAUUGGGAGAAUUCCAAAAUCGAAAGCUACGUUAAGGCCACUAACCCCCCUAAUGUUAUGGGGCCCGUAACGGAUAUGGCACUGAAUCCAAAUGAUAAUACAAUUGCAUGUUUUGUGGGCAAAGGUUUAUUUCGAUUAAUGACCAUUACAGAUUCAGUGUGGCGGCAGUACGGUUUCCAAAAAGCUGAUAAUUUGGAUUUUACAUCAGUAUGUUGGUUGAAUGGUGACAGAAUUUUAGCAGGUACCGUUGACGGGCGAAUAAUAUUAGUAGAAAAUGGCGAUCUCAUUGCUGUAUAUAACGCUAAAACAACACUUAUUUUUGAUCCUAAAAUCAAAGUCAAAGCCCCUUUAGACGUUAUGCCACUCCCAAAGAAAAAUGGCCAAUCGACAGAUAUAAGAUGUUGCGUGCCUUUUAAGAAGGGUCUAGUAUUCGUUGUAGGCGAUUCUAGAGUAUACUAUUAUAAAAUAGAAUCUGACCAGAGAUUUUCAAAACAAAAUGAAUUUGAAAAACAAAACGAUAAAAACUUAAGAGAGUUAGACGACGAUCGACCAAUGCAUUAUAUCGAGAUGCUGUCUUUAAAUCCUGCCAAUGACAAAAUUGUGUGCGUCACUAGAAGAUCUCAAAUGUUUUGGGCACCUCUGGUUGAAUCACGGGACAUCUCAUUGCCAUCGACUUAUAAAUUUAAACCUCUAGGCGAGGAUCUACAUCACGGUGGCAUAGCGGACCUGUCUACUUGUAAAUGGAAACCAAUAUUUAUGACUUGUGGAAAAAUCGAUCAUACCAUAAGAGUAUGGAACUAUUUGAACUGUUCUUUAAUAUUGUCUCAACACUACCAAGAAGACAUAUUUAGUAUAUCAUUGCACCCUACCGGUUUAUAUUCAAUAGCAGCUUUUACGGGUAAAGUAGAGUUUCAGUUGGUGCACAUGGACGGACUUAAAAGAUGGAGAGAAUUUGUCGUUACUAGCUGUAAUUUGACGGAGUUUAGUACCUCUGGACACAUGUUUGCUUUGGCCAAUCAGUUCGACGUUGACGUUUAUUGUUCAGUUACGUUCGAAAAACGAUUUACAUAUAAAGGACAUUCGAAUACAAUCUCUGCGAUUGCUUGGACUGUGAAUGAUAUGAAACUACUGACAUGUGGCAAAGAUGGUGCUAUUUAUGAAUUCAAUACAAGAUCUGGAGAACGAGAUAUGGAUAUUGUACACCCGGAUACAAAAUACAUGGACUUGGCCAUAUCUAAAGACACAAAUAGAAUUUUUCCAGCUUCUCAAGAUGGAAGAUUUAAAGAAAUAAACAACCAAUCGAUAACUCGAGAUAUUGAUUUAAGUAAGGGUUCAUUGGACGCGCUGGUGUUAUCCAAAUCAGAUUUAAUGUUGUUCGUAGCUGGAAAAAAUGGCGUUGUAUUAUCCUUAAUGUUACCCAUUAUGGCUGAAAUAAAUUACAAACAAUUCAAUAUCCACAAUAAAAAUAUUACAGCGAUGAAGCUCACAAUUGAUGACUCAAUUUUAAUUACUUGUUCUGAGGAUGGUAGUAUUUGUAUAUGGAAAGUAAAACAUGCUGAGGGCAAAAUGACCGUACUGAAUGACCAAUUUACAUAUUCUGAUGACAUUCUGGUGAAUGCAUUAGAUUUUAAGGUUAAAAUAGAAACAAUAGAAGAGGUCAAAAUGCGAGUUAAAGAAUUGGAAAGAGAAAGCGAGUAUCAAAUGUCUGAACUUAUUAAGUCCAAUGCUAAACAGUUACAUGAACUUAACUAUAUUCAUUCUCAGCGCAUUGUGGAAUUAGAAAACAAAAACACGGAUUUGGCUAAAAAACACAUGGCUGACAAAAGUCGAUUGGAAAUGGAGCUAAACCUUUUACGGGAUUCGCAUACUUUAAACUUAGAACAGCUAGAAGCCAAUUAUAAUGUUAAACUUUUACUUGAAUACGAAAAAUAUGAUGCGCUGAAAAAGCAAAUAUUUGAUAAUAAUUUAGAAUUGGAAAAAGGUUUAAAAGAAUUAGAAACUAAAAAAUAUAUGAAAAUUAAAGAAAUCGAAAAUCAAUUUAACACUAAAAUCAAAGAAAAACAAGAAGCUUUUUUAAAAAUGGAAGCAAAGUUCAUUGAGGAUAAACAAAUUAUGUCUUUAUCUAUGCAACAGAUGAAAGAAGAGACGGAAAAAGCAGUUUUGGAAAGAAAAAACUAUUUUAUAGCAAAACUUAAAGAGUUAAAAAAGAUUAAUUUAAGCUUACGGAGUGAGCUAGGUUCUUAUAAAAUGAAAGCUAAAGCGGCGUCUAAAGAAGCUGAUGAUUUAAGUGGUUUGAUUGGCAAGUAUGAAGAUGAUGUAGGAAAAUUAAAGUCCAUGGCUAAAACACAAGAAAAUACUAUACUAGAACUUAACAAACAGAUACAGAACCGUGAUAGCAUUAUUGAACAAAGGGAAGCUUCGAUAUACGAGGAAAAGGACACACAAUAGAGCCUUUAUACAUAGAUGUACAAGAAAAGGGAAAAACAAUUGAGGAUAUUGAGAAAGAACUGAAAAACGUUAGUACUAAUACAAG